AUGGCCAACUAUUCAACCAAGGAUUUUAGGUCUUUUCCAUACCUAUCAAUGAAACAUAUUUCUUAUUUGCCCUUUUUAGACAACGUCUUCACUCGUGGUGAUUUGGAUUACCGUAAUCUGGUAUUGGAUGCAAACUCGGCCUCUUUGUACGUAGGUGCUCGUGGACGAAUUUUCCGGUUAUGGGCCUACAACGUGAACGAUACUUCAGAAAACUUGUUUGCCGAUCUCCGUGUUACCGUACCUUCGCCUGAGUUGUCCGAAUGUCGGGCGCUGGGUAACUCGGCCGAAGAAUGUCAACCAUCAACGAGAUUCAUGGCUUUGACGGACAACAGGGAACGACUUUAUGUAUGCUCAGCUGUCGCCAUGCGCCCAGAGAUUCGAGUACUGGAUGCCGUUACUCUGCGCGAUCGCCAGGAACCCCGAACAGAGAUCGGCAUCUGUGCCCCUGAUGCAAACGUCAACGCAACUGCAGUCAUAGUAGAAUGGGGAAAUCCCAGCGAGCUGCCAUCAGUGUAUUCGGGUAUACGAACCGGCAUGGCCGGUGAAAACCAUUUGAUUUAUCGGCCAGCCCUUGUCGACAAGGGAAAAGAAGUACACUCCAGCUUGAGAACUGUUUACACCGACAAUCGGUGGUUAUACGAACCUCAAUUUGUCGGCUCUUUCGAUGUAGGAGAGCACGUGUACUUUUUCUUCCGUGAAAUCGCCAUAGAAAGCGGACCAGAACGGAGAGUUUAUAGUCGAGUGGCGAGAGUGUGCAAGAAAGACAUCGGUGGACGAGUUGUCCUACGUCAAGUGUGGACAUCAUUUUUGAAAGCUCGUCUGAACUGUUCUAUCUCAGCACAAUACCCCUACUAUUUUGACCGUAUACAAGCCGUCACUCGUGUCGAGACAUCCGAUGACACGCUUUUUUAUGCAACAAUGAGCACUUCGGAGACGGCUUUCGUUACCUCGGCGAUUUGCGUAUUCUCGUUUAAAAGCAUCAAUCAGCUUUUCCAUCACGGCUUUUUCGUCGAUCCAAAUAGCCCCAACUGGCUACCAUUACCCGCUGACACUGUGCCAGAGCAUCGCCCUGGAACGUGCGUUUCCAACUCGCACUCACUGUCUGAUUCCGACUUACACUUUGCAAAGUCCCACCUUUUGAUGGCCGAGCCUGUGUCAGGUGGAAUGCCAAUAUUAGCUACUCGUGACGUAGUCUUCACACAUAUUGCUGUGGACGUGCGUAGUGAGCAGAAUGUGAUCUUCGCAUUGGAUGGAAGGUCAAACACUCUCUGGAAAGUUUCACACUGGCGUGAAGGUAACACAUGGAAAUGGUUAGAGCUGGAGAAAAGAGAAGUAGCGGCUGGAGGACCCAUCAAGGCCAUGGCUCUCCUGCCUGCAGAAUUCGUCUACUUUGCAUCUCGUUCUGCAGUGACUCAAUUUACUCUGGCAGCUUGUUCCAUGUAUUCAUCAUGCACCCUAUGUGCCGUUGAUCCGUACUGCAGUUGGCACGUAGCCAGAGCAGCUUGCUACCCACGAGAAAAGGCUCAUGGUCAGAGUCUAGGAUGGAUCUCUUCGUGGGCGGGACGUGGUUCGUCCGAAUGUUCCGCCUCUGCUAAACCCCGGACAAUAUCGGCCUACCCUGGUGACACGAUACACUUACUCGGUGCUGCCGGUGCUGUUUGGAAACGUGAUGGGAACGAAAUCACACCCUCUUCCCGUUUCCUGUCCACCGACGCUGGUGGUCUGGUGAUCAUGGAAGUGUCGCGUGAAGAUAACGCCGACUAUGAAUGCUUUGUAAAUAGACGUCAAAUAAUCAAAUAUCGAUUAGUGGUAGAUCAUGAGGAAUGCACCAAACCACGAUCAGUGGAAGCCUACAAGUCCUGCCAGCGAGAAUGGUGCAAAAAAGCCGACCAGUACAAGGCUGCGUUGGCCGAUUGGCAUGAUGCCAAACGUCGUAAUGUAAGUUUGCCUACUGUAGCGUUACAGUAA